AUGUCGUUCCCCGUCGACAACUCCUCGCUUGGUCGCUCCGCCAUCCACCGUGAAAGCUCGAGAAAGCCUGGCUCGAGUAGCCAACAUCGAGAGCUCGACACCCCCGGAACAUUUGUCGAUGCAUUCUUGACCAUCCACGAUCAAAUCAAGGCGGCAAGGACGGGCUCUGCAUCACGUUUGGAUGGCCAUAACCUUUCGAUAGGUGCUAUUGUUGCCGUUGCUCGGCAUGGAGCCCCAGUGAGAUUAGAUGACUCGCGCAAAGUCAAGGAAAAGGUCGCCAAAAGCCGACAAGUCAUGGAAGACUUGCUCAAGUCGCACAUUUCCGUAUAUGGUGUCUCCACUGGCUUUGGGGGAUCAGCGGACACGAGAACCAAGGCAUACGACACCCUUGGACGAGCCCUCCUUCAACACCAAAGCUCUGGAGUCAUUUCCGUUAAUCCACCAUCAUCUUUGCCUCUCAAUCACGCAGCCGCUACAACGAUUAUGCCCGAAUCCUGGGUUCGUGCUGCCAUGCUCGUUCGCUGCAACUCUUUAGUGAGAGGGCACAGUGCCGUCCGUUGGGAAAUUCUCGAAGCACUCACCAACUUCCUCCAACAUGGAAUCACUCCCGUCGUCCCCCUCAGAGGUAGUAUUAGCGCCUCUGGUGAUCUUUCCCCCCUCUCCUAUGUUGCGCUCGCUAUCAACGGCAAUCCGGCCAUUGGAGUCUACAGCGGCACUGGAGCUAAACGAAGAAUCGUUCCUGCUCCACAAGCAAUCGAAGAAGCUGGUAUCAAGGCGACGACCCUUGCGCCAAAAGAGCAACUAGGCUUGCUCAACGGGACGGCCUUCUCUUCUGCUGCCGCGUCUCUUGCAUUGGCAGAGGCAACACAGCUCGCUGUGCUUGCUCAAGUCUGCACCGCGAUGGGCACCGAAGCCCUUCUCGGUACUCGCGGGUCAUAUGUUCCCUUCAUUCACGAGACCGCGAGACCACAUCCUGGGCAGGUCGAGGUGGCACAAGUCGUCACCCGAUUGUUGGAUGGCAGUCGGUUUGCCACCGAGGCGUACGAAGAGGUAAAGACGGUCGACCAAGAUCAGAAUCAGCUUCGACAGGAUCGUUAUGCACUGAGAACAUCCCCGCAAUUCAUCGGUCCCCAGAUCGAGGACCUUCUUCACGCCAUUCAUGCCGUUACGCAGGAAUGCAAUUCCACGACCGACAACCCCCUCGUUAAUGGCGAGAAUGGGCACGUCUACCAUGGCGGCAACUUCCAGGCAAUGUCUGUGACAAACGCAAUGGAAAAGACACGACUUGCUCUUCACCAUCUCGGUCGCAUAAUCUUUGCCCAAGUCUCUGAGCUUGUCAAUCCUGCGAUGAAUCGUGGACUUCCGCCGUCACUCGCUGCCACAGAUCCCUCUGUUAAUUACCAUGCCAAAGGGUUGGAUAUCGCUUCUGCAGCGUACGUCAGCGAACUCGGAUACCUAGCGAACCCAGUCUCGACGCACAUUCAGUCUGCCGAGCUCCACAACCAAUCUGUCAACUCCCUUGCCCUGAUAUCCGCUCGGGUGACCAUUAAUUCAACCGAGGUCUUGAGCAUGCUUGUAGCUCACAGCAAGCUAUCUAUAUCUUCUAUGUCAGGCACUCGAUUUGCGUACGAUGCAACUGGAGUUCAAGACGAGCCUCAGCGACCUACUGGCCAGCCUGUUGAACCAGCAUCUCUCGAAAUGGCUGAAGAAUCGCGAGGACGUCGUGCUAGCAAAGUUACCAACGUCGUUAACGAGAGUCUCGACAAGACAACAACAAUGGAUGCGGUUGCGCGCAUGAAGGUCGUCGCUGACCAUGUCGCCGCACCGUUGAUGGAUGCACUUGGAUUGUCCAUGACCACUGAUGCAAUCAAGGCGAUUCAUCACAUACGUGAAGAAUUUGCCGUCAAGAGUGCCGAGCUCUUGCAAUCGUUGCGACACCAAUAUCUAGAUGGCUCCCGGGGACAGACACCAGCCAGCCAAUAUAUGGGCAAGACCAAGGAUAUCUACGAAUUCAUUCGUCGGGACCUAGGCGUCAAAAUGCACGGGAUUGAAAACUUGAUGAGCUUCGAGGGUGGAAUGCACUCGACAGGGCGCAGCAUUGGCCAAAAUGUGACCAGAAUAUACGAGGCCAUCCGUGAUGGAGAAAUGUACGAUAUCCUAGCGAACUUGGUGGCGAUGCCGCGACAGCGAGAUGGAUUGGCGUUUGCAAAGCUUUGA